AUGGCGCUGGCGGGGUCCCCGGGGGGUGCGGGCUGGACCUGGCGGCCGGUGGCUCGGGACGCGCUGCUGGCGAGAGCCUUCCACUCGUGCACUGAGCUGCAGGGCCGCUUUUACCUGGUGGGGGGCCUCCCGGGCGGGGGGGCGACAGAGCCGAGCGGCGACACGGUGGUCUUCGACCCGGCCGCGGGACAGGCCGUGCAGCUGGGCGCCCGGGGCUGCCCGCGGCGCAGCCACCAUGACGCGGCGCCCGUGGGCGGCCGCUGGCUCUGCGUGGUGGGCGGCUGGGACGGGGCGCGCCGCCUGGCCACGGUGGCCGCCCUGGACACGGAGCGCGGAGUGUGGGAGGCGUGGAGCGCGGCCCCCGGCAGCCGGCCCCCCGCCGGCCUCAGCAGCCACACCUGCACCCGCGUCUCGGACCGAGAGCUGCGGGUGGCGGGCCGGGAGGGCGGGACCCGCACUCAGCGCCGCUACGGAAGCAUCUACACGCUGAGGCUGGACCCCGGCGCCCGCACCUACUGCUAUAAGGAAGAGGGCUGCCACACGGCCUCCCGCUCGGGUCACUGCGCUGCCCUGCUCCCGACCUCGGGGCAUCCCCCAGCUCACCAGCUGCUUCUCUUUGGGGGCUGCAAUUCCGCGGAACCAGAAGUAGCAGGGCACUGGGGUCAGGGGAAAAUUAAGGAGGAACCACCCGCAGCCCCCCGUUUGAUGGAACAGCUUGCCAGGCUUGUGAGCACCGGGCAGGGCUCCCGGCGGGGGCCCCGGGGCCUGCGGCAUCACUCAUGCUCUGUGGUGGGGCCCUUCGCUGUACUGUUUGGUGGAGAAACUCUGACCAGGGCCAGAGACACCAUCUGCAAUGACCUCUACGUCUAUGACACCCGCAAGUCCCCUUCUCUGUGGUUCCACUUCCCCAGUGCAGACCACGGGCUCAAACGUGUGGGCCAUCGGACCUGCCUUUGGAACGAUCAGCUUUACCUGGUUGGGGGUUUUGGUGAGGACGGCAGGACACCGAGGCCACAGGUUUGCGUCCUGGACCUAUUUAUCUAAAGAGCAGUGCCAAGACACGAGCCUCUGCUUUGUGGCAAACUCAUAAAGCAUCAUCCCCAGAGCUAUCUGCCUCACUUCAAAUGCUUAUUAAAUUUCAACCUGAGAGUCAA